CAUGGACGCUGGACAGCUAUGUAUUUGGUUUGAUAAAAAUAAAGGGAGUCGUAUAAUCAUAUACGUAGCUCAAUCAGGUGAAGAUAUCUGCUUCAAAAUUGAGUUGAGAUUACACCCGAGACGAGUUACAAGUAUUUACAGUGACUGUAUCUUUAUAUGCAACAGCAAGUUUAUGCCAAAACAAUGAAGACGACUUUACUAAUAUUACAGAUCCAAAUAAUGACAUGUACGUCAUACAUGCCAUGGUGUAUCAAGUCGGUAUAGUAUCCAAUAAUACUGACGAUGAUGCUCUGAAUGCGACCAUCGGGAAUCAGGAAGCUAUAACAUUAUAUCGUACAAAUGGCUCAAGUAUAGAUUUGAGUAAAAUAACUUCACCUCUGGUUACCAACGUAACAGCCCAAAGCCUCGUCGGAGUAGCCCCAAAGAAUGGCGAUUUGGAAACGCAUCAGUUACCAUGGUCCACUUUAGACAAUAUAGCAAAUCAAAAAGGAUCAUCAGAAGGGAUUCAAUGGACAGCAAGCGAAAACCGCAAAGAUGGUAUAGUGGCAAGAGACACUUCAGACAACGCCGCUAAGAGAGAGAAGAGAUCUUGGGAGAGAGUAUUCAAAUCUCUGUUCAAACGUGAUGUCCCGAAAGAUGGCAGCUCCGUGAGAAUUUUGAAAGGAACAGUGAAGAUCCCCCCUGAAGCUGGAGUCCAGUCUUUAGCAUUACCUCCUUUGCUAACGCUAAACAACAACUUCUCCGAUAUUCCUGUGCCUAUACCGAAUACUUCGAUCCGCGAAUCUGUUAAGUCAGAAAGAACAGGAAAAGGUGAGGAGGAUUGGAGACGGCGAACUAUUAUCGUGGAAAAGAAAAAUGGAAGCUACGGGUUCACAUUACAGAGUUACGGCAUACAUUACAAAAAGGAACAAGAGAUAGAAGUUAUAACUUACGUGGACCACGUGGAGGCCGAGGGUCCGGCAGCGCUGGCCGGCAUGCGAGAGGGUGACGUCAUCCUGUCUAUCAACGGUGGCGACGUCGAGCGCGCCGACCACGCUGCCAUCGUCGACGCCAUCAACGCCUGCGACUCCCGUAUGCGCAUGGUCGUCAUAUUCGAGGACUGCGUGCGCAAAGUCGAACUCCAUCUCAAAUACAUCAACCUCCAAAGAGCUUUACAAUCUAAAAUGAGAGAACUUGAACAAUUGACAAUAAGUGAGAGACAAUUAUUCGAUUCGAACUGGAAAACGCAUAGUCUCCCUUCACAGAAAAAGAAAAAUUCCCCUUCAGAUAUUAUAUCUGACGGCGAAGAAAACAACGGCGGCGAUAAUAUUACGAAUGCUUAUUGUAGACCUACUCUUUCUAGUGAAAAUGUUACUACAUCUAAACCUCCACAUGUUUUUAUGUAUCAGUAUUUGGAUCCGAGGUACGGCGCGUGUCUUAUACAGCCCAGCAUGCACGCUGGUAGUUUCGUCAUUACGGUAGGUUCUCCACGGAACCGGCGUGACUGUCAACAUUAUGUGGUAAAAGCUCCAGGGGAUUGUCACCGAGUAUCUGACAGUUAUGGCAAUAAUAGUUCUAGUAACGGUAAACAUGCUAAGGUGCACAGGAAUAGUCAUGGCCAUAGCUGUGCGCCAUGCAUGCCGAAUCAUAAUAAUCAAGAUGCCAACAGCUUAGAGGCAUAUGACCUCGCUAGCCCCUGCUGUGACCCACAUUGCGUUCCCAACGCCCGAAAGAAAACUAGACGGAAGAAAGAAUGUUCAAAAGAACACAAACGGAAAGAAAAAUGUCAACAAGUCGACAAAUCAACUCAAAAACCCGAUGGCUGCUCACACAAUCGUACGAAGAAAGUUUGCCCAUCUGGUCAUUGUUCAAGUCGAUAUCGUUAUUUAGCUACAGAAUCAACUCAAACUAGCCAAUGCAGUUUACAGUCGUACGCUACUAGCAACGCCACAGCGCCAUGUGACAACUCAGCGUCAAGCUACAGCACUUCUUUGAGCAGCGACACGUUAUUUUGGGACAAUGACCGAUCUGAAAGUAAGUCUUCACCUAAAGUACAAUAUCAAAGUUCUCACCAACACGUGAAACCUAAAUCAUGGGACAAUUUAACAACAAAGGCAUUUGGAGGAUACGGAUUUGGGUAUGGAUACUUAGACACAAGUACAAAGCACUCAAAUCGGUCUAAAAGUCAUGGACGUAGCCACAGCGGUCGAAGUACACAGAGUCAUCAUGAGUAUCAACACCAUAGCCAAGACAAACAUUCGCAUCGACAAAGUGCGGCGAACCAUCAUUAUUCGGUAUAUACUAGGAAUCACAGCCGGUGUGCCCCGACCAAAUCUACUGAAAGUCUUAUUGUGGUUCCUAAAUACCAACUGGAAAGUAGCGGUUCUGAAACACGUCUUGCUUGUGAUUGCGAGUCCAUAGAAUAUUAUCGCCGUGUCAGUAUCACAAAGAGCCCGGGAGAAUCACAUCCCGCGGCCUACUAUUCCCAACACUUCGUAUACCCCACGCAUUGCUACAAAAAGAAAGACUCUAACGUUAGCUCAGAAAUUACAAGGCUAUAAUUAGUAAUAAAUAAAUUGUAUUUUUAAUGCUCAAUAUAAGGCCUAAAUAGGCAUAUUGCCAACCACAUUAGCAAAUUUUAUAAUUGUAGCUUGGGGCUUGUUAAUUUGUUUGCGACAACCCAUAAGUGAGGAUGGUGUCUGUCUUAAUAAUUGUAAUCUAUUCAUAGUCAUUUGAUAUAUUUUACCAAUAUUUUUUGUAGUACCUAUUUAUUUACAAUUUUAAUCAGACACGGUAAUAAUACUGUGAUUCAGAAGAUUCAAGUCGGUGCCAGGUAUAGACCUAGUUCGUUGAAGAGUCCAACGAACUAGGUCCAUUGAUUGAGACAGUAGGUUUUAGCUGUGAGCGAGUACCACUUCAACUUAUUGAGACAGGCGGAUGUGUGACACUUAAGAGUGGUCGCAUAACAAGUACAUAAUGUAUGUUAUUCGCAGUAUAUCGAAGCAUGUUUUACCCGCUUUCUACUUGUUGUUAUAUGGUUUAAAUAAUAAAUAGAAAAUCA